AUGUCCAAGUCCUUCACACCGGCCGACGUGGCCAAGCACAAGACCGACGCGGAUGGCCUCUACGUCAUCAUCGACGGCGGCGUGUACAACGUGACAGACUUUGUCGAGGAGCACCCGGGAGGCGAGAAGAUCCUACGCCGCAUGGCUGGCCGUGAUGCCAGCAAGGCGUUCUGGAAGUACCACAGCGCCAAGGUGCUGGACAAGUAUUCCGAGCGGCUCAAGGUGGGCACGCUGGCCGAGAGCGCGAAGCUGUAA